AUUUUGUGUGUGUGUGUGUGUUUGAACAAGUGAGUAUGACUCGCUGCGCCAUCGUCUGAGCUACUGAAGAAGAAAUGUCACAGUAAAACAGUCUGGACAGAGUAAUGACCAACACGUCCGGUCCAGUCAAGAUGCAGGACUCCAGCGAAGUUCGGACCCCAGUGUGUUCAGCCGCUCUGGCCCCCUUGCCCUCCGUCUACCCUGAACCUCCAGAUGAGCUCUGUAAACUCCCAGGAAGAUUACGUAUUAACCCAUCUCUGUGGGAUAAGGAAGAUGUUAAUCUGUGGCUGCGCUGGGCUCAGAGGGAGUUCUCCUUACGCCGUGCUGAUCAUGAAAAGUUUGAGAUGAAUGGUAAAGCGUUGUGUCUGCUGACCAAAGAGGACUUCAGACUUCGCUGUCCAAGCUCAGGAGAUGUCCUCUAUGAGCUCCUCCAGCAUGUGAAGCAGCAGAGACACAGUCUGACCUGCACGUCCCCAGCACCCGCCCCCAGCAAGCACAUGCACACCUCAGUCAGCGCUGCAGGUCCCUGUGUUGCUGCUAACAGAUCCGUCCCCGUCUGUCCGGUGAAUCCAAAUGCUCGAACAUCAGUCACGCCAGAUACUGAUCACAAUCUGGAAACCAGAGAACACUCCAAUCUCACUCUGCACACACACUCAGAAACUCUUGGCUCUUCUUUGUUUGGUUCUGAAGAGGUGAACUCUCCACCCCUCAUCCGGCCCUUGCCCCUCAGCAGUAAAGACGAGCCACUGAACUUAUCCAACAGACCAGAGGUGACCAGGAGUUCCACAGAAACCUCUGAGGCUGAUGGAAAGAUUGCAGACUGCAGGCUGCUGUGGGACUAUGUGUACCACCUGCUGCUGGACUGUCGGUACGAGUCCUACAUCCGUUGGGAAGAUCCGGACUCCAUGGUGUUCAGAGUGGUGGAUCCUAACGGGCUGGCACGGCUGUGGGGGAACCAUAAGAACAGAGCCAACAUGACAUAUGAGAAAAUGUCACGAGCGCUGCGUCACUACUACAAACUCAACAUCAUCAAAAAAGAGUCCGGACAGAGACUGCUCUUCAGGUUUCUGAAGACGCCAGAGGAGAUAAUCCAGACCAGAUCUGAUCGCUCUGAACCCCCGGAGUCUCCAGAGAGUCCAUCCUCCCCUUUAUUCAGAGAAGAUGUCUUGGAAGUCUCUCCCACCUCAACACCUGAGCCCUCCAGCCCCAGAUCUCACCACAGACUCAGUGUGUCUCCACUGCCCUAAUCCCAAACUGUUUUAAUCACAAUAAAGCCUUAAUCACAAACUGUCUUAUUCUCAAAAUGCCCUAAUUCCAAAACACCCUAAUCAUGAAAUUUCCUAAUCCACUACAUGCCCUAAUUCCAAACUGCCCUAAUCACAAAUUGUCCUAAUUUCAAAAUGUCCUAAUCUCAAAAUUCCCUAAUCCACAAAAUUCUCUAAUGUUGUAAUCCACACAAUGCCCUAAUUGGAAUUUCUAAAAAUACUUUAAUCUGCAACAUCUGCAUCCCCCAAAAUACCAUAAUCUGCUCUAAAACACUUGAUUUACUGUAUAUCCACACCACAUUUCCUGCCCUUUGCUCCCGUGCCUGAGCCUUCAGAUCCUCUGACUACUGUUGGAUGAUUAUGAACGUUAUAGCCAGGAGUUGCUUUAAGGAGAAAAAAAUGAUCUCACAGCAACGUUGGCUUUUAAUGCAGUUGUUGAUAUUUGUUUAACAGAGAGAUUUAAUCCUGGAGCAUCAUAAUAACUGUCUAGAUUUUAGAGUAAUAACUGAAGCAAAGUGGUGUUAGCAGUAGCAUGUGUGUAGCUCAGGUGAGCACUUUAAAAAAAUCAGGUUUUCGUAAAGUGUGAAACUAUAUUUGCAUUCAUGUAGUUAAGACUUUGUUACAUCUUGGCUGACGUGUUGAGAGCAUGAUCACCCCAUGCCAGUAGGUGGUGCUAUAUUACAAUUAAUUAGUGCGUAGACCAGACCAUACACAUGUGUGUGAGCUGGUUCUGUAAACAAAGAAACAAGUGGCUAAUAAACUUUCAGUUUGAUUAUUCAUAUACCACUUCAUUUAUACUGUCAAGAUAUACAAGAUUUUUCUUUUCUUUUCUUUUCUUUUCUUUUCUUUUCUGGCACAUGUAAACACUUUGAGGAUUACAUAUCUCUUCUGAUUAAGACUGAAACAACUUUCCUUUUAUUAAUCACAAAGUUUAUUAAUGUUUAAAAAACUUUCUGUCAAGGAAAUCAGGUGUCUGUGUUGCAAUAUUUUCGAUAAUUUAUUUGUGAAUGACUGUACUGAAAAAUAUCAAUUAAAAGUUUUGGCCAAAAAA